CAGCUGCGUGACUGCCCGGCUUGCUGCUGAUUGCUGGACAAUUCAUAUCUCACUCCGCUGCCUGGAUUUCCUAGAGUCUUCCUCCCUCCUCCCUGUCGCUGACACCGCCAACGCGCUCCCCUAACACAACAAGGCCCCGCCGCGACAUCAUACUUCGCAAUCCCUGCUCCCCGCCUCGGUCGUCCUCCUCCUCUUCAGAAGACCGCCAACAUGGUGCUGGGACAUGCUCGAAACUCAUUGUCGCUCGGCUCGGUGCGGUCGUCGACCGAUGAGCCUCGCGCCGAUGAUGGGGAAGACGGCGACGAGACCGUAGUGUCCUCAGAGCAAGGCUCCGUACUCUCGCACAUCAUCUCCCAGCUGAGGCCUGGCGCCGACCUUAGUCGAGUCACUCUCCCGACCUUCAUUCUGGAACCACGAUCGAUGCUCGAAAGAAUCACCAACUUCAUGGCCCAUCCCGAAACGCUCCUCCAUAUGCCCACCAUCAAUGACCCGGUCGAGCGAUUUGUUGCAGUCACCAAGUUUUACCUCUCAGGAUGGCAUAUCAAGCCUCCAGGAGUGAAGAAGCCGCUGAACCCGGUGCUUGGAGAGAUAUACACUGGCUAUUGGGACUACCCGGACAACACAAGAGGAUACUACAUCUCGGAGCAGACUUCGCAUCAUCCGCCAAAAUCAUCAUACUUCUUCAUGGCUCCAGAGCACAAGAUCCGCAUCGACGGAACUCUCAAACCGCGGAGCAAGUUUCUUGGAAACAGCGUGGGGUCAUUCAUGGAAGGCAUUGCCAUCAUGAGAUUCCUCGAGCGCGGCGAACGAUACUUCAUCACGCAACCCAACAUGUACGCCCGCGGCAUCCUUUUCGGCAAGAUGAAAUACGAACUGGGAGACCACGCCGUUGUGCGCUGCCCGGAAAGCGGCCUCGAAGCCGACAUUGAAUUCAAGGUCAAAGGAUGGAUGGGCGGACACUACAACUCUAUCGGCGGCUUCAUCAAGGAGAGCAAGUCUGGCAAGAAUUUGUAUGAGCUCAGCGGCUUUUGGCAUGGCAAAAUGUACAUCAAGGACCUGGCCACCGGCAAGAAAGAGAUGAUCUUCGAUGCGAGCCACGCGAAACCGAGCAUACCCAAGAGCAGACCAUUGGAGGAGCAGGGCCCAAAGGAGAGCCAGAAGCUCUGGCAUACCACAACACAGGCGAUCAAGAAGGCCGACCAGAAGGUUGCUACGGACGAGAAGUCUCGUAUCGAGGAUGAGCAGCGGAAAGAGCGAGAGGCGCGUGGAGGUGAUGAAAACUGGCAUCCCAAACUGUUCCGCGCAGUUCCUGCCGGUGACGAGGAGAGUCUGGACUGGAUCAUUGAUGCAGAAGUCGACACCAAAGCUCCGGCGGAGAAGCAGAUCGAACAGAUCCUUGCCAUCGCACCCAUAUUACCUGGACAACGGAGCAACUCCGAGUCACAGCAAGGCAGCAAGCAACAGUCACAACAGCAGACCACAAUGCCGAUUCGACAGCAGCAGCAGCAAGCUCAGACGGCGGCACCUCCAGCCCAGGCAGCAGGCGCCGACUUGAUCGACUUUGGCCAGAACGACGGCGCGAGCGACAGCAAAGCUGCGCCCGCCGCUGGCACAUCUCAACCGCCGCCUCAACCAGCGCACAACACUCCGGACAAGAUGCAGGCGCCAUUGAAUCAUACUACAGUACCACGAGACGCAGUGCGGAGAAUGGAUAGCGCCGGCAAUGAAGAUGUCUUCGUGGACGCGGAGUCAUGAGCGGAGGAAUCUGCCAAUGUUUGUCGAGAAGUGGACCACGCCGGGAAGACAGCGAAGGAGGUAAUACACGCCGCGAAAUGGAAGCAGGCGACGAACAGGACUCCUACACGUCUUCGCACGACGACAAACCAGGCCUGUUCAACCGAGGCUAUGGAUGAUGCAUAUUCGUAAGACGGGCGGAGACGACAUGGCUGGAACCACAUGAGGGAUGAAUGAUGCAUCGAAGGGAAAGGCUGGUCAGGAAAAGAUCCUCUUCGGCGAUGGAAUUUGCGUAUAUAUACCACCCUUGCGGCAGUAACGCAUUGACAAUGAGAUUGUUUGAUAUUUUUCG